UGUCAAUACUAUAACCUCAAAAGUGGAAUAUAAACAUGCUGUGAUAAAAUUUAAAAAAUUUGAAACUCUAUCUUCCAAAAUGAAAAAUAAAUCAGGAAGGCAUAAAGAGACGAAUACUUUUACGUUUCAACCAUUCGCCGAACGUAUAUCGAAUAUCGAUGUUGAUAUUUUUCAUCGAAUUGGUCAUAAAUAUGAAGAAAUUGAUGAUGAAGUUUCAUGUUACUUUCGACAAACUUUAGUUAAAUGGGGUGCUUUAAAUUUAACAAAUGGAUUUAGUAAAUUUCGUAAAGAAGUUUCGGAUAUCGUAUCGUUAGCACAAUUAUUACAUGAUAAAGACCGGGUUGUCGAGUCUUUAUUAACAAAUAUUAGCUAUAAAGAUCCUUUAUACUUGCAACCUUUAUUAGAGCUGGUAGUUGCUCUAGCAAAAGAUUUGCGAAAAGAAUUCUAUCCAUACUACAUCAGAUUUUUGGAUCAAUUAAUCGACGUGUUAAAUACGAAAGAUACAGAUGUUCUCGAAUGGACUUUUCAAUGCUUGGCCUAUAUAUUUAAAUUUCUAUGGCGAUAUUUGAUUAAAGACAUUCAUAAUGUUUUAAGCAGUCUUUUACCACUAUUAGAUAGCAAUAAACCGGAUUAUGUGAAUAAUUUUGCAGCAGAAAGUUUUUCAUUUGUGGCACGAAAAGUUCAUGAUCGAAAACUUUUUUUAAUUUCGAUAUUAAAACUUUUAAAACAUAAACCUGAGGCUAUUCCCGGAUGCGGUAGACUAUUAUUUGAAGUUAUCAAUGGCGUACAAGGACAAUUCCAUAAUUGUGCUCAAGAAAUCUUACCAUUUUAUUUCCAAUCUUUUUCUGAUGAAAAAUGUCCCCAAAAAACUCUAUUUAAAUUAUUGGAACAAGUUAUUGCUAAUAUUACCCAAUACAUUAAUCCGAAAAAAAUUUCACUUUAUUGGACAUCGAUUAUAAAUGUAUUAAAACAAUUCCAUGACCAAUGGUCGAAGGGGGAUAAAUCAGAACGAAAUAUGACUAAUAUCGAAUUAGUAUUAACAUUAGUUGGACAAAGUAUUGAAUACAAAGAAGGCAAAAUGUUGACGAAUUCCGAAUUGCUAGUUGAUAGAUUGAUAAACCUAUUAAAAGAUAACAUUUCGGACGGAAUAUCAAUGAAAAUAUCUCAAAUUGGAGCAAUUAUUUUACUUUACACACAAAUAAGUCUUUCUCAAGAAUAUACAAGUCGAUUAACUAUCCGCAUCUUAUCAAUUCCUUCGAAACCCACGGUGAUGGAAUUUAUUAAAAAUGUUAUUGCUUGUUCUUCAUUUGAAGCGUUAGUUUUACCAACUUUUCUCGAAUAUUGUGUAGUAGACAAAUUGAAUAAACAAGUUUUGCAUAUUUUAACUCGUAUAAUUCUCCAAAAAUCUCCAAUCCGAUUAAAUGGAUUCACCGAAUGGAAACCUUAUAUGAUUGAUUUUCCUGUAUCUAAACAAAUUGCAUUUGAAUAUGAAACAUCUCAAAUUUUAAUUGAUUUGCUCGAUAUAAACUUAUUACCAGAGCAAUUAGAUGACGUUGUAUGUGCUUUGAUUUGUGUUCCACAUGUAAAAAAUGUGGAUAAAUCCAAAUGUGCGGAAAAAGUAUUUACUAUGGUCAAACAAUUGUGUGGCAAAAUAAAUGGAAAUAAUUUAAAUCGAAAUGAACUCAUAGAAUUAUUUUUUACUCUUUUGAUUUGUAUUGACACUUUACGAAAUAUUACUGAUUCAAUGGAUAACUGUUUGGAUAUAAUUUUAAAAACAGUUUCACCGUAUGUAACAGAUUAUAAGUUUUUAAGUACUUUGCGAAUUUUGGAUAUUGUUUUAUCAGCAUGCAGUGACAAAAUUAUUACAUAUGAAUUAUUGAAUAAAUUAAGCGAAACUUUGAUGCCAAAUGUUUCGUCGCAGUUUCAUGAGGUUCGUUUAUUAACAACACAUAUUUUUUCAUUAUUUGAAAAUUUGGAAGAAUUAAAUUGUAUCAAAACUGAAAGUAAUGAUGUAUGGAAAAUAUUCAGUAUCUGUUUCGAUGUUGAAUCACUUGAACCCAAUGUUUCAACUUAUCGUGAACAAUUAAAAAAUUUGAGCCAUCUAAAUAUUGACAAACCACAAGCCACAUUGUACAAAGAUACAGAUUUUAAAACAUACCCGCUACGAUAUUUAUUAGGUGUUUUAUAUAUGAAUUUUAAAUUAUUAUGGAAACCAACCAUUGAAAUUAUUAGUUCACAAGCUAAUGGUAUGGCUGUAUUCGAUGAUUUCUGGCUAGUCUUUUUAAGUCAAUUACAUGUUGCUUUGAAAAAUAUUGAAAAUGUUCCUGAUACUGCAAUCACAGCGAAUUCGAAUAUAACAUGUGAUUUUUUAUCGGAUUUGUAUACGAAGAUUUAUGGAAUCAAUGAUAAACCAGAUUAUCAUCAUUAUCGUUUGUUGUUAUGGAAUUGUAUGGAAGAAUUUCCAGAUUUAGCCCACACCAAAAAUCGAGAUGUUACAACAAUAUUUAUUAAUUUUGUGAAUAAUGAAUAUUUAUUAUCAAAUUCGGAGCUAGCCAAAUCAUGGAAUAUCCAAAAACAUGAAAUUAAUACAAAUUCAGAAUCAGUACUCAAUGAAAAUGAAAAUGAAGAAAAUGUUGAAGAAGAUGAAUUGGAUACGAUAAUUAAAUUUCCAAGAAAAGCAACAAAAUCUACAUUGCUAGCACAAUUGGAAGUAUUUUCAAAAAUGCAUAAUCCCAAGAAUAUGCAUCGUGAACCCGAAUUAUAUCAGAUUUACUUAGAAUUAUUAAUGAAUCGUAAUUCCGACAUACAAAAAGCGGCUUUAGAUUGUAUUAUGACUUACAAACAUAAAUAUUUGACCCCGUACAAAGAACAUUUAUACAAUUUAAUAAAUGAUAAACAACUUAAAAAUGAGUUAGCACUGUUUCGUAUCGAUACUGAUAGUGAGGUUUUAAUAAAAGAUCAUCGUAAAGAUUUUAUACCCAUUGUUUUACGUAUCGUCUAUAGUAAAAUGAUUACAAAAACUGGUCUUCGAACAGGAGGCAAGGGUGGUGGACAAUUAAAACGUUCACUUAUACUACGAUUUUUAUCUGGAUGUCUUGAAGAUGAAUUGAUGUUAUUUGUGCAAAUGGCAUUUAAAUUUUAUUCACCAUUCCUGCGGGACAAUUGUGAUCAAAUUAUUGCUGAUAUUGAUACAAAUCUUGACUUGCAACAUACUAUUGCCCCGAAAAAAUUAUUAAGUACGGUCAAUCUUCUUGGAAUUAUCCUCGAAAAAUUUGGGGCUGUUGGAAGCAAACAACUUCUUCCAUAUUUAUUAAGAAUUUUACUUUGCGUUGGAGGGCUGCUAAAAAGUAUGUUUUCACGUCAGGAUGAAAUUCAUGCGGGGUACUUAAAUUCGUUACGUCAACUUCGCUCUUCUUCAAUACAAAUUAUUGCACGAUUUUUUGAACAUUUUGAAAUGUACCCAUGGACUAAAUCAGAAAUGGAUGCUGUUUUUGAUGUAUUUGUAUGGCCAUGGUUGGAUAAAUUACAAAUUGAGGGAAUCCAUAGUCCUACUGCAUUGAUGAAAUUAUUUAUGUGUUGGAGUCAAAAUCCACGAUAUUUUAUUCUCUUAGCGAAAUAUUUACCUAGCCAACCAGAUCAAUAUGCUAUUCCUUAUAUUUUAAACCUAUUUUUGAAUCCAAAAACACAUUUGUCGGUGAUUAAUGCGAUUGUAGAAAUUCUGGAACAUUUGUUAACACUACAACCAAGUGAAGAGGAAAUGGCUGCUCCACAAAUUCCUGUAGAUUGCUAUGUAAAAGCGAAUAAGGAAAUUUUAGACCGAUUGCAUUUGAAAGAGCGAUUAAAUUUUGGAAGCAUAAUUAUCUUGACGCAUGUGCCAGUAAUUUUACAGUAUUUGCAAAAUAAAAUCGAAAAACAAAAAAAUUUUAGUAGAAAGGAGCUUGUGAUUUUAUCUCGAGUUUCUGAGUUGGUUUGGGAAGUUGAAACCAGUGAUAAUUUAUUAAAAAUUCUACUUCCAAUUUUGGUGAAAAAAGCUAGCAAUGCUUCAGAGGAUACAGUCAUACAAAUGGUUACAACUCUUUGUAAUUUAAUCCAAAAUGUUCCAAAUCCAAUUCGACAUUUAAAAGCUGUUGCUCCAUUAUUUGGCCAAAUUUCUACAGUUCCACCUCGAAAACUCUUAUGCGAGUUUCUUCGGGAUCUGACACAAAAUUCUACAGACGAAUCAAUAGCUACAGCCAAAGUUGUCGUAGAGUUAAAUGCAUGGGAUGCUAAAUGGAUUGAUCAACCAGAUUUCACGAGGCGACUAAAUGCUUUUCGUACUGUUUCUAGUUUGAUUGAAGAAGGUGUUCUCGAAUAUGAAUUUGGGGUUAUAAUUAUCCAUAAUUGUUUUUAUCUUAUCAAGUACGAAAAUGAUAUAUCGCUUCGAGAUAACGCUUCUGACUGCCUAAAAAAAUUAUGUCUGUAUUUAGCGAUAAAGUAUAAAAGUUCUCAACAGACAGAAUUCGUUAUAAACGAUACAAUUUUAAGUCUAAUUCGUAAUGGUAUUCGUGAUAAAAAUGAUAAAGUUCGAAGCGAAUCAAUUUUAUUGCUUGGUUAUAUUGCUCGAGAAUGUCCACCUGAUACGUAUAACGUUCUGUCAGACUUGUCACUUUUAACAAAUAAAGCCGAUUUAGAAGUAGACUUUUUUGAAAAUUUGCAACACUUGCAAUUACAUCGACAUGUAAGAGCGUUAUUAAAGUUUUCUCAAAUUUCGAAAAAUUUGACAAAGCCGUUUAGUUCAAGGACUUUAACGCAGUUUGUUUUACCACUUAUAACACAGUAUUUAUGUUCGGAUAAAUAUUUACAAAAAAAUACGAUUGUGGACGCUGCAAUUGAAGCUGUAGGAUCUGUGUGCCGAAUGCUUCCAUGGCAUCAAUAUGAGACUAUUUUACGAUAUUAUUUAGGAAAAUUAAGGAAUAAAAUUGAAUAUCAAAAACAGUUGGUCCGAAUUAUUGUAGCGAUUUUAGAUGCAUUUCAUUUUGACUUAUCUCGCGCAAAAGACAUCCCUAAAAUAGAGAAAGUAGAAAUACCAAAAUAUACGGAAGAAGAUGAAAAAGAAGAAAGUGAGACGGAAGAAAAAAAGGAAACCGCUGAAGAGGAAGAGAAAGAAGAACAACUCGAAGAAUUAUUGGAGACUGAAGCACCUGAAUUCAAUGAUAUUGUUGAAGAAGUACACGAAAAAGAAUUAACUGUGUUCGAAAAACAAACAAUUUUAGCACCUUCUGCCGCUCGGCGAUUAAUUUAUAGUAUUACAACAGGAUUGCUACCACAAUUAAAUCGAGCAAUUUCACAAAUGAAACAAAGUGAUCAUUCACAUAAACUAAAUAAAAAACGCACGGGGGCUGAAAAAGAAGAGGACGAUAUACUACGUGUACCAAUUGCUUUAGCGGUUGUUAAAUUAUUACAAAAAUUACCAGAAAAUUUACUGGAACGCAAUUUACCAGGGAUUUUCAUGAAAAUUUGUACAUUCUUAAAAUCACACUUAGAAAGUGUACGACGUGUUACUCGAGAAAUGUUAGAAAAAAUAAUGACCUCUUUGGGUCCGCAAUAUUUGAAUACGUUAUUAGAUGCCAUUACACCAUUAAUGACUCGCGGAUUUCAGGUCUACGUCUUAGUAUAUACUGUACAUGGUGUAUUAAACAGUUUAAAACCUUUUUAUAAACCUGGUGAUUUGGAUAAAUGUUUAAAAACUGUUCUCGAUCUAUGUAUUGGAGAUAUAUUUGGAGUUGUUGCCGAAGAAAAAGAAGUUCAUAAUAUCGUAAAUAAAACAUCUGAAGCGAAAUCCACUAAAAGUUAUGACACUUUCCAAAUUUUAGCACAAUUUAUUACGAAAACACAUUUAACUGAAUUAAUUUUGCCAUUGAAGGAUAUACUAAGCACAUCUUUCACUUAUAAGAAAGUUCGUAAAGCAGAAGAGUGCUUACGGCGUAUUGUCCUAGGGGUAAUUGAUAAUAAAUUUAUUACCGCCGAAGAAUUACUUCAAUUUUCAUUUGAUGUGACAUCACAAAGUAUUCCAGAAUUAAAAUGUGUUGAAAAACCAAUUUUGACUAAAAAGGAAAAAGAAUUACAAGCACGUCAAAAACCAGAUUGUUUGAUCAUUCCAGCUGCGCCCAAGUCACGAUUUGGUGAAGUUCGAAAUGCAGUUAAGCAGUCGGUGAAUAGUAAUGCACAUGUGUUAAUCGAAUUUGGAUUACAGUUAUGUAAUUUUCUAUUAAAGCGAGAGCGAUUAAGAGAAUUGGACUAUCGCAAACGAAUGGAUCCGUUUGUCCAUUUAAUGUUGAAUUCAUUAAAAUCGAAACAUGUAAAGCUCAGCACUUUGACCUUAAACUGUUUAUGUUGGGUUUUUAAAAUGGAUUUACCAGCCUUGAAAGAUAGCGUGAAAGAAUUUGCCAAAGAAAUAUUUGGUUUAUUACAUAAGUAUGCCGUGGCUGGAUUAAGCAAAGGAGAUAAUUUUGAUUUAGUUUUGAUUGCUUUUAAGGCAAUGGGAGUCUUAGUGAGGGAUGUAAAAUAUUUCAUACUAGAUGUGGAUCAAUUGAAAACGUUGCUCUUAUACACAGAGCAAGAUUUACAUAAUCACGAUCGCCAAGCAACUGCAUUUAGUUUAUUGAAAGCAAUUAUUAGUCGAAAAUUUAUUGCACCUGAAAUACAUGAUGUAAUGCAAAAAGUUGCUAAAAUUAGUAUAAUUUCUGAGAUGGAAUAUGUUCGACAACAGGCACGAAAUGUAUUUCAUCAAUUUUUAAUGGACUAUCCAUUAGGGAAAAAGUUAGAAAAGUAUAUUACGUUUUAUUUAUCACAAUUAAAUUAUGAAUUAGAUUUUGGACGCCAAUCUGCGUUAAAUAUGAUUUUAUCGUUAAUACAAUCUUUUCCUUUGGAAGUAUUAAAUGAACAAAGUCCAGUGUUCUUUGUAACAUUAGGCGCACGAUUAAUAAAUGAUACUUCACCGGAAAUCAAGAAAUCAGCCGCGCAUUGCAUUAAAACAAUGUUGGGACGUUUAGAACGAAAGGAACGUGAUAGUUUAAUGGAUGUAAUUGUGACAUGGUUCCAAGACGAAGAACAGAUUAGCCAUCGACAAUUAGCAGCUCAAUUAUGUGGAUUAAUGGUAACAGCCGAGAAAGAUGAUUUUGAUUCUCGACUCGAUAAUUUAAUACCGAUACUACUGUUACAAUUUACGCCGGGCUUACGUUUAAAUGAACCCGGGCGAUUUGUACGUGUACGAUAUGAAAAUGAAACAGAUUUUGCUGAUGAAGAUGUCCAACGUAUGCGUGAUCAUCACUUAUUUCAAGUGUUACAACUCUUAUUGAAAUUAUGUGUAGCUUGUCCAACAUUUUUAACACGUACCGAACAAAUAGAAGAUUUUGCAAAAUAUGCUCAAAGUUUUCUCGGCUACGAUCACCAGUGGGUCCGCUUAGCUGCUGCACAAUUUAUUGGUUUUGUAAUGACUAAAUUGAAUACUGAAUAUAUUGCAAAACUGUAUUUAAAAAACAAAUCCGAACCAGGUUAUUUGAGUAGUAUGCCACGAGAAGAUAUAAAAUCUUUAACUUUAGAUUUGUGUGCUCAAUUACAAGUGGAUAACGUAAAUGAACAAAUUGUAGAGCAAGCGGUGAAAAAUUUAAUAUUUAUAGCACGCAUUUUAAAAGAAUUACCAUUGACAAAAGAUAGUUUGAAAGAUGAAGAUGACGAAGAUGAAAAUGAAAAUGUUAGGGGAAAUCAACGGAUUAAUUUGAUGUGGUUGGUACGGCGAUUGAGAAAAGUUGUUUUUGCAGAAAUAUCUCAAACACCUACUGUAAAUGUUUUGCGUCAAGCAGUUUUUCGUUGGAUUGGUGGUUUAACAAGAAUGUUAACUGCUGAACAAAUAACCCCUAUUUUAUAUCAUUUAUUAGCACCAUUAGUUCGUGAGUUGGCCACCGAAGAAGCUUCCGCCGACAUCAAACUAUUAGCAAAAGAAGUAUCUAACGAAUUGAAACGAAUAGUUGGUAGUAGUAUCUAUACAGAAACAGUAUCAAAAGUACAAAUGAAAUUAAAUGUAAAACGUGCGGAACGUAAGCGAGAACGUAUACAAAUGGCAAUCACGGAUCCAGAAAGAGUUGCGAAAAAGAAAAUUAAAUUCCAAGCAAAGAAACGAGAGUUGAAAAAACGAAAAGUGGCUGAAAUGAGAGGAAAACAGUAUAUAAAAACGAAAAAACGGAGAGUCGUUGAUUUGGAAGAAGCUUAAAAUUGUAGAUAUUAUAAUAUUUGUAAAUAUAAGUAAAUAAAUUUUCUAUUAUUUUGGACAUUAAAGUUUUUUCCUAAUUAUCUUAAUUAAGUAAUUUUAUGGUGUCCUCGGGCAAAAGAUGUCUAAAUUGAGUCACAUUUUUAUGAAUUGCAAACAAACGACGACGUACCGCAAUGCCUGAAUCUGUUUAGGUGUUUAUCUCCGUACAAUAUUGUAAAAAUGUAUUGGGCUAAAUGCAUUUAGUCUAAUAAUGUGUUAUUUUUGACUCAUAACGCAACCAUUUCUUAUAAUACCUAAAUAUUGUGUACCAAGUGCUGUGUUAAUAUAAUUUUUUGACACUAUGCCCAUAGCAAG